AUGGAAGCAGAGGGCGCCAAAGUGUUAUGGAGCAGGUCAAUUGAGCUUCAUAAAUUGCGGUAUAGAUGGAUGGUAUCGGAUGGGGACAUUAAGGCACACAGUGCUGUUGAAAAUACAUACACUGACUGCAAAGUGGAAAAACUGGACUGUGUUGGCCAUGUCCAAAAACGGAUGGGAAAACACUUGUUGAAUUUGAAGGCAACCACUAAAGGCAAACUCGCAGAUGGAAAAUCAAUUGGUGGAAAAGGCCGUUUGUCGGAAGCAAAGAUAAAGAAAAUCCAGAAGUAUUAUAGACUUGCAAUUCGCCAGAAUACCCUAAAGAAGCCCAAUCCAACACAAAGGGAAGUUGAAGUUGCAGUCUAUAGUAUGAAGAAGAAUAUAAUUGUUAUUUUCACCACUGCACUGAAUCGAGAGAUCCAGCAAAACAACAUCGCUUUUGUCCAAAAGGAGAAACCUCGUGGUGCAAAUGGCAACAGGAUGUCGCGUCAGGAACAAACAGCUUCAAGAAGAAUGACUGUUUGCCUGAAGUUUUUUACGAAUUGCUACGUCCCACAUUUACCACAUUAA